GUGCGGGCGUGUCCCGGUUGGAGGCGGAAACACCGGGAACCCGCUCCAGAUCCCCUUCACUUUCGCUUCACUUUCUACUUAUCGCGAGCCAACCGCACUUUAAACACAAAUACGACAGCUGCGUUGUUGUUUUUAAAUACUUUUAAAUAACGUAAUGUUAAUUUCCGGUCGAAACAGAAGCGGAUAGACCGACAGUUGAAGCGAGGAAGAGGACGAUGUGGCCGACUGAGACGCCCACGAGAGCGGCCGGGUUGUUGUGCGUUUUACUGGCCGUGGUGUCCGCGAGCACCGAGAUCACAAUCUACAGGAAGCUGGGCGAUGGAGUCGUUCUCAGGCCGGUUAACAUCUCCGUGUCCUCCACCAUCGUGUGGAAACAAGAUGGCAACCUGGCCGCCGAGGGGGAUGGAGCCGAAAUCACUCUCUAUCGUGACUUCAAGGGUCGCGGUAGGCUGAACACUUCGAAUGGAGAGUUGACGAUCACGGGACUGACUCCAAAGGAAAACGGGUUUUACACAUUGGAAACAAAGGAGAUGGCGGGUCCGAAAAUUCAUCUCAUCGUCAUCUCCCCCGUCCCCAAACCCACCGUCAGCAAUCAGUGUGACCCCGACAGGACCCUGUGCACCCUGAGCUGUGACGGAGACGUCGCAGACGCCGCACCCGUCACCUACAGGUGGAGUCCAGGAGACACGGCUGCAUCCAAGGAGCUACGCCUCGCCAAGGAGGACAGCUGGGAGGUGCAGGAGUUCCGCUGCGUGCUGCAGAAUCCGGUCAGUCAGGAGAGCAGCGAACCCGUGCCCAACCCUUUCUCCAAAGCACUCGUAAGAGGGCCGAACUUCUCGACGGGAGGCGUGGUGUUCGUCGCGCUGCUGGUCGCCGUGCUGCUGCUGGCCGCCGCUCACAGAUGCACAACGGGAAUGUGGUUCUUCCAAAAAACAUCCAUGCCAUGGGAGCCAAACUUCUGGAGGAAGAACGAGAGGCCAUCAACAGAUGGGUCCGUAUCCAAUGGCACGCCUGUUCAAGAGAGGGGGCAGUCGGACGAGGAGACCCCGUUGUCAUAGGCAACGGAGGGACGCCAGGUCACCUGUGAGGCGGAAAACACGACCACCUGCAGCGAAGAAGUACACACGCCCCCCCCUGAAAGAUCAUCCCUCGAAGAAUGUGAUCUGAAAGGAGCAGAAUUUGUGCUGCUGGUUUUUGAACCGAGUGCCGAGUUGAUGCCGCUGCCAAAGGGGGGAGGGGGGUCUACCUUAUGUCCUUACGUAAGAAGGGAAAUGAAUUAAAGCAGAGGGCACAGUUGUGUUACCUGGCUUCAAACUCUAGACAAUAGCAGGAAGCUCGGGGAAUUUCUAACCCGACCCCCCCUCUCGUUAUCAUGAGCUCAUCCGACUGGGGGGCGGGGGUCUGGCCUUUGAGGUCAGAAGCUCUCCUGUCCGGGUCGCGUGUUUACUAACCUGCUUCCCAUUGAGUGGUGAUUUUAUGUGUCCUGAAGGACUGUGUGUGUUUUUGUGCAGAUGUACUAGAUGUGUUUUAGCCUUUGUUUCUCCUGCAGAGAUGCAUUCUUAGUUUUGUUUGUUGUUGUCAAAUACUUUGUAGUACAACCCGGCUAAAGGUAUUUGAUCAAGAUCAGGAUCAAAUCUACGGUGGCCCUGAAGUGCAAAA